GCCUCUCUCUUUCUCUCUCUACACACUAUUACACAACACAAUCCCUCUCCAUUCUUGUGUUUCCUUCUCCUCAGUUGUGUUCCUGCAACUUGUCUGUCCAUGGAGAGCAAACCACCUCAGCUUUUCUAUCAUGUUAUUCUACCAGCUCUCUUCAUGCUGUCUGUUUUCGCUCCUGGGACUAAACAAGACGGAUUCUCGUCAACGAUCAAGACGGAUGCACAAGCUCUUCUUAUGUUCAAGAAGAUGAUACAGAAGGACCCAAAUGGAGUUUUAUCAGGGUGGGAGCUUGAUAAGAAUCCGUGCAGCUGGCAUGGAGUUUCAUGCUCUUUAGGCCGAGUGACUCAGCUCGAUCUUACCGGGUCUAGCCUUUCCGGGAGUAUCUCCUUCGACCAUUUGACUUCUCUAGAUAUGUUGUCGGUUCUAAAACUAUCUUACAAUUCGUUUGCCAUAAAUGCCACUUCUUUGCUUCAGCUUCCAUAUGCUUUGAAACAGCUUGAUCUGUCUUUUAAUGGUGUUAUUGGCUCUGUCCCUGAUAAUUUUUUCUCCAAGUGUCCCAAUCUUGUUGUCGUGAAUCUGUCGUUUAGCAACAUGACAGGUUCUUUACCUGAAACUCUUUUGUUGAAUUCUGAUAAGCUGCAGCUUCUUGACCUCUCUUACAACAAUCUAACGGGGUCGAUUGCUGGUUUGAAAAUUGACAAGUCUUGCAGUUCCUUGCUGCACCUUGAUCUGUCUGGAAACCGUUUGAUUGGUUCCCUGCCAAACUCCUUCUCAAACUGCAGCAGUCUCCAAAUUUUGAGCCUAUCUUUCAAUACCCUCACAGGGGAAAUCCCAAGAACGUUUGGCCAGCUCAACAGUCUACAGAGAUUGGAUCUCUCUCACAAUCAGCUCACAGGCUGGAUCCCUUCAGAACUGGGAAAUGUGUGCGACUCACUCUUAGAGCUUCAGCUUUCUUAUAAUAACAUUUCAGGUUCAAUUCCAGCCUCCUUCUCCUCUUGUUCUUGGCUGCAGAUUCUUGAUAUGUCUAACAACAAUCUAUCUGGUGCCUUACCGGAUUCCUUGUUUCGGAACCUUGGUUCAUUGGAACAAUUGUUGUUGAGUAAUAAUCUCAUCUCUGGAUCAUUUCCUGUUUCUGUAUCAUCUUGCAAGAGCUUGCGAAUUGUUGAUUUCAGCUCCAACAGGAUUUCUGGUGUCAUUCCGCCAGAUAUAUGUCCAGGAGCUGCCUUGCUUGAGGAAUUGAAAAUGCCGGAUAAUCUCAUCACGGGAGAAAUCCCGGCCGAGCUAUCUCUGUGUUCACAGCUGAAGAGAAUUGAUUUUAGCCUAAACUAUCUCAAUGGCUCAAUCCCGCCAGAGCUUGGAAAGCUUAAAAAUCUUGAGCAGCUGAUAGCUUGGUUCAAUGGAUUGGAAGGAAAAAUCCCACCAGAGUUGGGCAACUGCAGCAAUCUCAAGAAUCUUAUUCUCAAUAAUAACCAACUGAGCGGUGAAAUUCCACUUGAAUUGUUCAAAUGCAGUAAUCUGGAAUGGAUAUCACUCACAAGUAAUGGACUCACAGGAGAAAUCCCAAGGGAAUUCGGCCAGUUGACAAGAUUGGCUGCUUUGCAACUCGGAAACAACAGCUUGAGUGGGCAGAUACCAAGAGAGCUAGCGAAUUGCAGCAGUUUGGUUUGGCUGGACUUGAACAGCAACAAGCUUACUGGGGAGAUCCCAUCUCGGCUUGGGAGACAGCAAGGCGCAAAGGCAUUGAGUGGAAUUCUUUCUGGCAACACUUUGGUGUUUGUGCGUAAUGUGGGAAAUUCAUGCAAAGGAGUCGGAGGUUUGUUGGAAUUUUCCGGAAUUCGACCUGAAAGACUACAGCAAAUCCCGAGUCUGAGGACUUGUGUUUUCACCAGAUUGUACUCUGGUGCAGUCCUAAACCUCUUUACGAAGUACCAAACUUUGGAGUAUUUGGAUCUUUCUUACAAUGAGCUUCGUGGGAAAAUCCCUGACGAAUUUGGGGACAUGGUAGCCUUGCAAGUUCUUGUAAUAGCCCACAACCAGUUAUCUGGUGAGAUUCCGGCGUCACUUGGCCAGCUCAAAAAUUUAGGUGUCUUUGAUGCAUCACAUAACAGAUUGCAGGGUCAUAUACCAGAUUCCUUCUCCAACCUAUCAUUCUUGGUGCAAAUUGAUCUAUCCAACAAUGAAUUAACCGGAGAAAUUCCAACAAGGGGUCAACUAAGCACCCUUCCUGCAACCCAGUAUGCGAACAACCCGGGACUUUGCGGGGUUCCGUUGCCUGAAUGCCAGAAUGACAACAGCGAGCCUGCAUCAAUUCAAAGUGGGGAUGGUAACAGUGGAAGUCGGAAGCCGGCAGCUGUGUCAUGGGCAAAUAGCAUUGUGUUGGGGAUUCUCAUUUCAAUUGCUUCUGUCUGCAUUCUGAUUGUGUGGGCAAUUGCAAUGCGUGCGAGGCGGAGGGAGACAGAGGAAGUCAAGAUGCUUAACAGCUUGCAAGCAACCCAUGCAGCCACCACAUGGAAGAUUGACAAAGAGAAAGAGCCUUUGAGCAUUAAUGUGGCAACUUUCCAAAGGCAGCUCAGGAAGCUUAAGUUCUCCCAACUCAUUGAGGCUACCAAUGGCUUCUCAGCAGCAAGCCUUAUUGGGUGUGGAGGGUUCGGAGAAGUGUUCAAGGCCACGUUGAAGGAUGGGUCAAGUGUUGCAAUCAAGAAGCUCAUACGACUGAGCUGCCAGGGAGACCGAGAAUUCAUGGCCGAGAUGGAAACUCUGGGGAAGAUCAAGCAUAGAAAUCUUGUGCCUCUGUUAGGUUAUUGCAAAAUUGGAGAGGAGAGGCUCCUAGUGUACCAAUUCAUGGAGUAUGGAAGCCUAGAAGAAAUGCUCCAUGGGAGAAUAAAGACAAGAGAUCGACAGAUUCUGACAUGGGAGGAAAGAAAAAAGAUUGCUAGAGGUGCAGCUAAAGGACUCUGUUUCCUGCAUCACAACUGCAUCCCACACAUCAUACACCGGGACAUGAAGUCGAGCAAUGUCCUGCUUGACCAUGAAAUGGAAGCAAGGGUUUCCGAUUUUGGAAUGGCAAGGCUCAUAAGUGCACUUGACACCCACCUCAGUGUAAGUACUCUUGCAGGCACACCUGGAUACGUGCCACCAGAGUACUACCAAAGCUUCCGCUGCACAGCGAAAGGUGAUGUCUAUUCCUUUGGGGUUGUCCUCUUGGAACUCUUGACAGGAAAACGCCCAACCGACAAGGAUGAUUUUGGAGAUACAAACUUAGUAGGGUGGGUGAAAAUAAAAGUAAGAGAAGGGAAGCAAAUGGAAGUGAUAGACCCAGAGUUGCUUUCAGUGACAAAAGGUACUGAUGAAGCAGAAGCUGAAGAAGUCAAAGAGAUGGUGAGGUAUCUGGAAAUAACAUUGCAGUGUGUGGAUGAUUUCCCUUCCAAGAGGCCUAACAUGUUGCAGGUUGUGGCCAUGCUGAGAGAGCUCAUGCCUGGAUCAGCCAAUGGAAGCAGCAACAGCGGUUGAACCAUGGCUUUGUUUCCGUUGAUUAUGUUUAGUGUAUGCAGAUAAGGCUUGUAAGAAUUAUUGAUCAGCUGUUGAAAGUGUUUCCUGUACCUAUUUUACCACUCUUAUCUCUGUUGUUUGGUUGAUUACUGUACCAGUCAGAGAGAGCAUAUUUGUGGCUUAAAACUAAUGCAAAUGCCUUACAGUCAUGGAGAAAGACUUGUCUAGGACA